UAUUUUAGGUCAAAAGACAUUUCAAACAAUGUUUGGCAAGUCAUAACAAGUUUGUGGACAGAAAACCACCGUGUCUGUGUUAAAUUACCUUAUGAUGUUGGACAGGAUGGAAUAAAUCAAGGAAUGGAAGUCUAUACUAGCAUCAAAGGGGACUUGUUGACAGCCCGGAUUACCUGAGAAGUUUAUUCGAAAUACAAUCAACAAAAUCCACUUGCUUCCCAUUUAGUCUACAAACAAACACAGCUUCAUCGGUUUGCUUGUUGUUGUGUAUGAUGGCUGACAGCAAUGGAGAAGAAGAUUCAUCUGUCUUUUUGACCGAGAAAGACGAUCCUGAAAACAUAUUCUUUGAAAUUGACGUGGUUUUCUCAAAAAAAGCUUUCCUCUCAUCAUGCAGCUCAAAACAGGAUCAAGUUUGCUGCCCAGUGAUUCCAUCGUCUUCAAAUGUUGACCUGGCAGUUGAUACUGAAUCUGUUAACGAUGAUAAAGCUGCAAAGACGAGGAAGUUUAAAAACAUUGCACUCCCAAACUGGCUGGUAAAGCCUCACGCUAAAAAGUCCAAUGACGAUCGAGUAUUUGCGAAACAUUUCAAUGCCUUUCACAGCAAUAAAAAGAAGAUGCUACGUACUAAUUCUGCACCUAAGAAAUUGGUAUCUGGCGGGGUUAAAAUGGAGUACCAACAUUGUAGUACAAUUGACGAGGGCACCGAAGGGCUGUCAGACGAUCAUCACACUCUACGACCUAGAAGUCCUGUCAUUUUUGGCAAGCAAAUUGUCGAAGAGGGAAAAGAGAAAAGCAAAGGACAUGUAUGGCGUCGCAGAGCGUCCCUUCCAGCUCAUGUUGGUAAAAUAUUUUCAGACGGAAUAAAGGUUACAGACUCGAGUGGCCACGUACCGUUGACCCCAGAAGCACCGAGGAAACGAUCUAGUAGUCCCACAGACAAAAUGGAAAAGGAUGUACUUAAAACCUUGAUCUUUGGUAAAUCUCACCAUGGAACAGCUAAAACCUCUUAUGACAAACCCUUAAAUGCCGAGCAAAACUCCAUUAAUGGGGAUAGUAAUACGGACUUGACUAACGAAAAAACUACUCAUAUGAGCAAUCACAAGUUAGAAGUACCCAGGCUACAAUUACAUCGAUUGGAAACUCCGGAUUUAUUCUAUGUUCCUGAUAUGGAUGAAGACUGCGACACAGUGGUACGACUAGACAAGAAGAUAUCAGUUUCUGCUGGGGAACUACGAACUGCUACAAAAAUAGACAGCGAGAAGUUAGAAAUUGAGCUGAUCAAAUCUUUGAUAACUCAGGAUCUGAAAAACUACCUAGAAGACAAAACGUUUAUACCAGAUCUGUGUCAAAAAUGGUGCAGCGAUCUAAGUCAGACCAUUAAGAACUCUGUACAAAGCUUUAAAGGAAACGAUUACAAAAUUGUUUGUGUUGUUUACAUUGCGGCAAUAAGGGGUAACGGUAUCCAUGCUGCAGUGCAGUGUCUAUGGACUCCCGAACAGGAUUGCUUUACUACUGCAAGCUACACAAAUGAAAGUUUAUAUGCGUUUGGUUCCUUGAUGGCAAUUAAGUAUGACUAAAUACCUCUGUCUUCAAAUGACGCAAAUUCGCGCGUCAAAUUGGUUAUCUUUCGAAUAUUCCAAUAGAAUGAUUUAAACGGCUUUAUUAAACAGGUUAUGCAAAUAAACUAAUAAGUGUUUAAUCACUUUAUAUGUUUGGCCGCUGUUGGUUGAGGUCAACCAGUUACGUCAGCUGUUAGAUUUUACGAUAUGAGGGCACGUGGGUGGACUAUUAUGGCAGCUCAAAAGUCAACAAGUGAACAAAAUGAGACGACUUUAGUCAUAUAUCAUAUUUUAUUCAGAAAAUUGUUCAGAUGAUUAUUAGAUCAAUUAAAUGAUAAGUAGAGAUCUCCUGGCGGAUUAGAUAAAGUUAUAAACUCGUUCGACUCUUUAGCGACUAUUAAAUAAACUCUUUUGGUCGGUUACAUAAAUACCAUGUAUUCCUUUCUAAUUCUGCGAUCUGUGAACCAGCGAUAAGGGCUUUUUUCAACAUCAAUGUGACUUUAAUAGCAUUAUUUACGUAAUGUUAUUGUGUCAUUGAUUCGUGUUCGUGAGAUUUGUUCAGAGUUUAAUGAUGUGAAUCAGUAAGGAUUUGUGAUUGCUUGAGAAACUAAAUGAUUAGAUAUAUACACAUAAGAUGCGUGGGACAUCAUCAUGUAGGUUUGUACUUCUCAUUUUUUCCAUUCCCUUCACUCCAUUUGCACGCACUCAUAUACUAUGGUAGAAGGCUUUUACUGCUUUAUUUCCAGUUGUGAAGCUAUUACGCUCAAUUGUAAUAAUAUAAUAAGGGAAUGAAAAUCUGAAUGGGAAUGGUAGAAGGGGUUAAAUAGCGAUCUCCUGUGAGCUCCUCAUCAUUAGUUAGCCAGAUGGGCAGCCAAAGGAGGGAAGUCCUAAAUCAAUAUCAGGCAAAAACUAAGUGAAUUUAGAUGCAUUUUAGGAAUGUUAGUUUGAAGCCCCCACUUCAAUUUCAUUUGUGGCGUUGAAGGACACCACACAA